UUUUGCCCCAUCUCCCCCCUUCCGGAACAACCGUUUGUCUUUAUCGCCUACGGUCUCGGAUUAGGGUUCCGUCGAAGAGGGGAAUCGAUCGAAGAAGCUUCUUCAUCGUGCGCGAGAGAGAGAGAGAGAGAGAGAACGGAUUUGGAUCGAAUCGCAUCGCAUCGCAUUGCAUCGAAUCGAAUCAAUCCAUGGAUGCCGAUUCCUGGAGCCGCCUCUCCUCCUCCGCCGCGUCGAGGCGCCUCCAAUCGCGAUACGAUUUGUACCUCGCCUUCGAAGAGAUCGGAGGCGGUGGCGGCGACGACGAGGCGUCGGGAGAAUUCAACUGCCCCUUCUGCGGCGAGGAUUUUGAUUUUGUGGGGCUUUGUUGCCACAUCGAUGACGAGCACCCCGUCGAGGCUAAAAAUGGGGUAUGUCCCAUUUGUGCUUCGCGGGUUGGGACGGACUUGGCCGGGCACUUGGUUGUGCAGCAUGGGAGUUACUUCAAGACAGACAACAAUCAACCUGAUAUUUUCCUUAACGGAAAAUCACGUGCAUCGCCGACGGAGAUUUCGGAAAGCUCCUUCAGGGACCCAUUCAAUUUUCUCUUUAUUAAGAAAGGACCUAAGAGAUGGCAAUCUGCAAUCUCUUUUUGGAGGAUCAUCCUAUAUGGCCGCUCCUCCUACGGCAGCACCAGAUCCAUUCCUAUCAUCGCUUAUUUACACUUUGCCCAUGACUGAAUCAAAAGAUUCACAGUCGGAGAAUUUGGAUUGUGAAAUUCCAGUUAAUAGGAGCUUGGAUGGUAAAACAGUAGAAAGAGUUGAACCUUCUCUAUCCGACAAAGAUCAGAAAGAGAGGGCUCAAAGGAGUGAAUUUGUGAAGGAACUUGUUCUAUCCACAAUAUUCAAUGAUCCAUUAUGAGGGAAUAUCCAUUUCCUUUCGUGGUGGUGUUCUGUUUCUUCCUCGAGAAAACCAUACGAUCGUCCUCCGCCUAUCAUUGUUGUUGUUGUUAUUACUUGUUGCUCAUGUUUUGAGCCUCUUUUACUGGAGAGAGGAUGCACACUCAAACUAAAGAAUGUAUGCAUAUUUUCUUCAACUGUUGUGUCGUGGGGAAAUGAAGGCGCACGAAAAUGUAUUAUGGAUUUACUUUUAGUUUCGAGCUCUUUUAGGGGCUACAAUUUCGGCGCAAUUAGUUUAUUUUGGAAGGGAAUACUCCUCCAUACGAUAAUUUUGUUCAAUCAUAAUUUACAAUAAGUGUUUGCUUCAGCUUCUUUUCUUUGA